CCUCCCUUCCAGGGCGGGGAGAACCGAGGCGGAGCCGAGUCGCGGGCGGGCAGGCCGGCGAGCGACGGAUCGGGGCUCCGAAAAGUGCCCCCCCCCCCGCUCCGGCCGCCUCUCCCAGCGCGGCUCCAGGCUCCGGAUGCCGUUCCCCGGCGGCUUGUGGUGGCUGCUGUGCUGCAGGCAAGGCUUCACCUUGCUGCGGCGCGACUAUGGCGAGGCUGGGCAGGGGGCGGCGGACGAAGAAGACGCCGAGGAGUCCUUCGAGCUGCGCAGCGACGGCAGCCAGGGACCAGUCUUGCAAGUGAACCUCACUCAGCCCUCUCGUGCCAGCAGCAGUUCCGAAAGGUCCUUCACAAUAUCUGAAGAAAUGUGCAGCCUUAUCCCGGAGAAAAAGUGCCAGCAGGUGCAAGACGAGCCAGAUCCCAUUGUGAAAGGCUGGCUGCAGCGGGAGGUACGGGGCAGAAAGGCCCCUUGGUGGCGUCCCCGCAAGUACUGGUUCGUGCUGACUCAGGAUUCCCUGGACUGCUACAGUGGGAGUGAGGUGGGGGCCCAGCGCCUGGGCUCCUUGGUCCUGACCAGCCUUUGCUCUGUGCUGUGGCCAGACAAACAGACCUACAAGGAGACUGGAUAUUGGGCAGUGACGGUUUUCGGCAGGAAGCACUGCUACCGGCUGUACACCGAGCACUUAAAUGAAGCCGUCCGUUGGGUUUGUGCUCUACAGAAGGUGAUCCUCAGCCAGGCCCCAGUGCAGACCCCCACGCAGCUGUUCAUGACCGACCUGGAGGAGAACCACAGUAGCCCAGAAAUCCUGGAUCAGAUUUACCAUAAUAACCCCAUCCUCCGCUACACGGCUGGCCCCAUCUAUGCGCCCCUGUUGCCGUUCCCUUAUGGAGUUGGUGAAAAUGCAGCCAUCAGUGGCCGUGGCUACGCAGCACUUCGUGAUGAAGCCGUCAAGCUGUUCCACUCGCUGCAGCAGCUGGAGGGGGUGCGGGAGCCAGCAGUCCUCAUGCAGGGGGUGCUGCAGACCUGCCACGACCUACCUCCUCUGGUGGACGAGAUCUACUGCCAGUUGGUGAAGCAAACCACAGAGCCGCCUGCACCGGGAACCCCUGCAGACCUGCGCUAUUGGCAGCUGCUCGCUUGCAUGAGCUGCACGUUUCUGCCCUCCCCGUCUGUCCAGUGCUACCUGCAGUUGCACCUCCAGCGGACAGAGAGCCGCUUCCCUGGCUCAGAGAUGGCCCAAUACGGACAUUUCAUCAGGGAGGCUCUGGGGAAGACCAAGGGGAGGCGGGAGUGCGUGCCCUCAUUGGAUGAGAUCGCAGGGCUGAUGGAACGCCGAGAAGUGGGCUGCACCUUGCCUUGCCCUGGCAUCGCCACCUGCCACGUGGCCAUCGCCUCCCACACGUCAGCCCAGGAGCAUUGACGGGCCUCCUGCUGGGCGUGGCUGGGCCCCCGUCACUUGCUGUGUGGCCUAGGAACAGAGAUCACACCUGGGACUGGGAUGCAGGCCUGGAUGAGGGGAGCAGGCAGCAUGAGAGUGCACGGGUGGCAGACGUCCUCACCAGGUUUGAAAUCUGGGAAGAGCCUUGCUGGAAGCCCCCUGGCCAAGACUGCUUCAAGCAUCACGGAUGUCUGGAUGUAGACAGCAUCCCCCAAGGCCGUCAGGAGUUUGCACAGGUUCACAAACUGGUCCUCUGCGGCUGAGUGCCAACAUCUGGGGGAACCCUCCAACUGCUGGCAGCCUUGUGCUUGCAGAGCCUGAAUAGCAACUUUUCCACCCACAUGCCUUUCUCCUUGGUGGACCAGCUUUUCCCUCUGGGUGUGCUGCACUCCUGCUUUAAUCUUCCGCCUUGACUGCCCUCAAGUACCAAAGUGUUUCCUCCCACCCGGGCUGUUCUUGCUGGAGUAUUUUUCCACAGGAUAAUGAGGUUGUCUAGGUGGCAGCUGGUGGAGCAGAAGCAGCAUCUGCAGGGCUGCUUGCAGGAGACUUUCCGUGUGAGGGGCACCAUUGUGGACAAAUGGAAGCUGCUGCAAGUCAUGCAGUGGCUUCCUGUAUAGACCUGGGGGAGUGAUCAGCCGUUGGCUCCGUCCUCUUUGAUGUACCAGCUCAUCAGGCCAAGGAGAUCGUGCAGCUUCUACACAGCCAAUCCAAAACUCUAGCAGGAGCUGUCCAGCACCCACUCAUCUGAUGGCUGUUCCUGGGGUCACUCCCUCUUUUUUUUAACCCAAGACCAGUGCCUUAAGCCUGCAGAAUGAUUCCCUGUGCUAUGUUGUGCUCCCAAGGAGCUGGAACUGUUGUCUCAUGGGGGGCGGAGCAGGUUCUCUGAUCUCCAAACGUGAAAAAUUGAUAGUUGUACACUUAUUAUUAUUACUUUCUCCAUGUGCUGGUUAUCUAGUAAAGCCGCAGGCAGCUUUGUUCCUGCAGCCUAUAGCCCAGCCAAUGCACAAGAGGUGGUACAAGGGCCUGGGAGAACCUGUACAAUGUGGUGGCCUCCCUUUUGUUACAGUAUUUUGUAAAACCUUUUUUAAAAAAUAAACAUGGAUGGAAAAAGA